UUCAAUCCUUCUACUUUGUAAAGGAAACUCUGCCAAAAUUCCAGCUCAAGCUCAACCAAACCAACAAUUGCUUAGUUGACCAAACAAUUCCUCCACCAUGGCCAACAAUGCCAAUGCUGGAGCAGCCUUUGGGUUGGAAGACGUGCCGGAUUUGCCUGAAGCACCCACGGAGCAGCCCAAGUACAACCGGGAUUACCAUCGUCUCUUCGUCAAAUUCAUGAGCUGGCUGCACAAGAGGACAUACACCAAGGCGGCUCGCUUCCAACCUAGUGCUUUGGCCGGCAUCCAACCACACCACGUUGCCGACUACUUGAAAUGGCGUGCGUAUGGUACGACCGAUGUUGACUUCAAAGAUCUCGAGCAGAAUCCAACUUGCCGCUCCUCUACUCUUGAGCAAGACAAGAAGGCUAUCUCCUUCUACAUGCCCAUCAAAGGUGCCACAUGGAAUGGAACCUCCGGCAAUCCAACCAAGUCCGCGAAUCUCUGUGAACGAGAGUGGUCAAACGGAAAAAGCGAUGGACUCAAGCACCGCGGCAAGAAGUCUUGUGCCACCAGGGAUUUGGCGGAAACUGAGUAUCGCAGGGUGGUCCAUGAACUCUAUGGCAACGGGAGCUUUGAAUCGACAAUCCGUACAGCCUGCAUGAUGAAGCAGCAAGUCCAUCUCAUCACCAGGACGGACGAGAUCUCCAAGUUGAAGUAUUCAGACUACAAUCCGCAUCCAGACUUCCCUUUUGCGCUCAGUUGCAAGGUGCAUUGGUCAAAGAAUAUUUCGGAAGAACGACAAUUCCCCGACCAAAUCAUUCUUGGGUCGAUGGAUACCGACUUUUGUGCUCUGCUCGGAUUGGCGAAUUACAUGCAGGCGUCCUUCAACUACGGCUAUGGCGCCGCC